AAAGUUGUCAAAAUUUUUUGGUUAAUUUUGUAAUAAACAUAAAAUAAUUUGUGUAGUGAAAAUGAAAUUAAAAAACAAAAAAUCUUCAAAGUCCAUUUUAUCGGAUAAAAUCGCGGAUGCACUGACUGUAAAACCUCGAGCUGAUAUCGAAGAUGACCAUGUUUUUAAUACAAAACCCAGCACAAUUUCUCGCAAUGAUUUGAGCUCUUCGGAUAGUGAAGAAGAGGCUGCUAUUAGUGAUUUUAGGAAACGAAACGUGAAUUUGUUGAGUGAAAUUAGUAAGAAAUAUGAAGGUCAAGUUGUGUCGCGGAAAGAUAUAGAUGCAGAGAAUUCGCGUGACGGGAGUUUGAGUAAUGAUACUAACACUUAUAGUGCCAGCAUCUCAGAGAAGCAAUCCAAAGCAUUAAUAUCGAAUGACGAUAGUGAAGAAGAAAGUGAUGAUUACAAUAUUACAAAUACUUUAAAACAACUUGACAACAGUCUAGGUGAAGAUUCGGAUGGUUCUGAUAUAGAGUCAGAUGAAACUGAUAAUCGUAAGAAUGACGAUGACGACGACGACGACGACGACGGCGAUGAUGAUGAGGUAGAUGAUGAAGGUGACGGCUACGACAUUAGUCAAAUGGAUGAACCAGCCGAAGAAGAAUUUGAACAUGUUAAGAAGCAAAAUAUGUCUGAAGAAGCUAAGAAAGGCACUUGUGUUAGAAAUCAACUUCUCUUAUGGGAGAAUUUGUUAGAGAUGAGGAUACACUUGCAAAGAUGCAUGAACACCGCAAAUAGGAUGCCUUUAAAUGAUGUUUAUAAUGAGUUAAAAUCUUGUAAUGAAUUUGUAGACGAGACAAGCACUACUAUAAAUAAUGUAGCUAAUGUAUUGGACAAAUUUCUAGCUCUGCAAAAUUUAUUAUUAAAUAAGUUUCCAGAAACAAAGUCAAUCUCAAGUAAAAAACAAACUUCUGAAGAAAAAGCACCAAAGGAUGAAAGUGAUGAAGAGAUUCCAAGUGACACAGAUAAUGAAGAAAUUCCUUCUGACACAGACACAGAAGAGAAUGUAAUUCAAGACAAAAAACACAAUAUUCAAAAGAAAACCACACAAAAGAAACGUAAACUUGUUGAUUAUGAGAGUGAAAUUGCAACAUGCCAUAAAGUUUUCAAAACCUUCAGGGAUUCCACAAUUCAAAAAUGGAAUGAGAAAACUAGACUAGCAACAGCUGCAAACAUCAAAAAUACUCCAACAAACACAAUAUUACAGCAGAUAUCUUACAUUCUAUCUGAUAGAGAUAAACUUAUUCAUAGGACACAGUUGAAACGAUCUGAAUAUGACAUAAUUGGAUACACAAAGGUACCUUCUCAGUCAGAGAAUGAUGACCAAAAUGGAAUGGAUGUGAAUUCUGUAUCGAGAGACAGGAAAGAUAAUGAUGAGUAUAUACCAGAAAUAUUUGAUGACAGUGAUUUUUAUCAUCAAUUGCUUAGAGAAUUGAUCGAAUGUAAGUCAGCAGAUGUAUCAGAUCCUGUUCAGCUCAGUCGGCAGUGGAUAGCGUUACAGCAAAUGAGAAGUAAGAUGAAAAGGAAAGUAGACACGAGAGCUACAAAAGGACGUAAAAUUAAAUAUGUUGUACAUAAUCCAUUGGUGAGCUAUAUGGCUCCAGAAAAAUCAAUCAAAUGGAAUGAUGAGAGUUGUGAUGAAUUGUAUAGUUCACUGUUUGGUAAAAUUUUUGAGAAUAAUAAUGUAGGAAUCAAUGUUAAUUUAGAAAAUGUGUAAACAAUAAAAUAUUUUCGAU